AUGGUGUUCCGCAACGUGGGUCGACCGCCCGAGCAGGAGGACGCGGAGGCGGCUCCGGAGCCGGGACCCUCGGAACUGCUGUGUCCCCGGCACCGCUGUGCCCUGGACCCCAAGGCCCUGCCACCGGGCUUGGCGCUCGAGCGCUCCUGGGGCCCGGUCGCUGGACUAGAGGCACAGUUAGCGGCUCUGGGGCUCGGGCAGCCGGCGGGGCCGGGGGUCAAGACGGUCGGUGGGGGUUGCUGUCCGUGCCCGUGCCCCCCGCAGCCGCCCCCUCCGCUGCCCCAGCCGCCUGCUGCCGCCCCGCAGGCCGGGGAGGACCCCACCGAAACGAGCGACGCGCUGCUGGUCCUGGAAGGCUUGGAAUCGGAGGCCGAGAGCCUGGAGACUAACAGCUGCUCGGAAGAGGAGCUCAGCAGCCCCGGCCGUGGAGGAGGAGGGGGCAGCCGGCUUCUGCUGCAGCCCCCAGGCCCCGAAUUACCUCCGGCGCCCUUCCCACUGCAGGACUUGGUCCCUUCAGGGCGGCUGAAUCGAGGGGAGCAGCAGCAGCAGCAACCGCAACCUCCGCCGCCGCCGCUGCCUCCAGGGCCCCUCCGGCCCCACGCGGGCCCUUCUAGGAAGGGUUCCUUCAAAAUCCGCCUCAGUCGCCUCUUUCGCACCAAGAGCUGCAACGGUGGCUCGGGAGGUGGGGAUGGCACCGGCAAGAGGCCUUCAGGAGAGCUGGCUGCUUCUGCUGCGAGCCUGACGGACAUGGGAGGCUCUGUGGGCCGGGAGCUGGACUCGGGGAGGAAACCCAGAUUGACAAGAACUCAAAGUGCCUUUUCUCCAGUCUCCUUCAGUCCCCUGUUCACAGGUGAAACAGUGUCGCUUGUGGAUGUGGAUAUUUCUCAGCGGGGCCUGACCUCUCCACAUCCUCCAACUCCCCCUCCUCCUCCAAGAAGAAGCCUCAGCCUCCUAGAUGAUAUCAGUGGGACGCUGCCUACAUCAGUCCUUGUGGCUCCGAUGGGGUCUUCCUUGCAGUCUUUCCCCCUACCUCCGCCUCCUCCACCCCAUGCCCCAGAUGCAUUUCCCCGGAUUGCUCCCAUCCGAGCAGCUGAAUCUCUGCACAGCCAGCCCCCUCAGCACCUCCAGUGUCCCCUCUACCGGCCUGACUCAAGCAGUUUUGCAGCCAGCCUCCGAGAGUUGGAGAAGUGUGGUUGGUAUUGGGGGCCAAUGAAUUGGGAAGAUGCAGAGAUGAAGCUGAAAGGGAAACCCGAUGGUUCUUUCCUGGUACGAGACAGCUCCGAUCCUCGUUACAUCUUGAGCCUCAGUUUCCGGUCCCAGGGUAUCACCCACCACACUAGAAUGGAGCAUUAUAGAGGAACCUUCAGCUUAUGGUGCCAUCCCAAGUUUGAAGAUCGCUGUCAGUCUGUGGUUGAGUUCAUUAAGAGAGCCAUCAUGCACUCUAAAAAUGGGAAAUUUCUCUAUUUCUUGAGAUCCAGGGUUCCAGGACUGCCGCCAACUCCAGUUCAGCUGCUCUAUCCAGUGUCCCGAUUCAGCAAUGUCAAAUCCCUGCAGCACCUUUGCAGAUUCCGGAUCCGACAGCUCGUCCGAAUAGAUCACAUCCCGGAUCUCCCACUGCCUAAACCUCUGAUAUCUUAUAUCCGAAAGUUCUACUACUAUGAUCCUCAGGAAGAGGUAUACCUGUCUCUAAAGGAAGCGCAGCUCAUUUCCAAACAGAAGCAAGAGGUAGAGCCCUCCACGUAGCGAGGGCCUCCUGUUGGUCACCACCAAGGGCAUCUGAUUGCCAAGCUCCAGUUUGAAGAGCCAAAUGUAAAGAAGAACGAGGAAAAACAAGAGAGAAUAUGAAGAAUUGGGAGUCUCUGUGCAGACUUUGUUUCCCCUGUAGCCCUGGGGCUUGGAAGAAGCACACAGCCAUACUCUGAGUGGGGCUCCAGCAUUUUGCAUACCCCAUGGUACCCCAGAACUAGAUAAGCUCCUUGAAAAACUGGAAGUCUCAACACUGUUUUUAUUUUUGUUUUUUUUUUUUCAAUAAGUUUUGUUUUUGAUAUUUCCAUUUCUCAGAAUGGAAAACUCACUUUGAAGGCAGCUAAGCUUUGUGCCCAUUGGACUGAAAGUAGUAUAAAGGAAGAUCAGGUCCAAAGGGUUGGGAGUAGAGGAGUCUAGUUCAGCUAGUAACAAAAAAUAUGAGUCCUCACCGUGGAUCUUGAGGAAGGGCAAGGCGUCAGAGAAGGGCAAAGUGGGACUGGAAGUUUCUGCAGGAAGGAGAAUCAGCUCCUCAGUGCCAAGAGUCAGUAGGAAUGGGAGAAAGGAGGGUGGUGCUCGGCAGGAAGAUUGUUAGACUGGCAGAUACUUCGCUAGAGGACAUAGUGACUCCUCACAGCCUCCCUUUUAAGGGUUGGAAACUUGAUUUCAGUAUAUGUCUUCAUUCUGUUUUACUUCAUUCUUUAAGCUCUGUGACCUGAAGUUACCACCAUUUUCCUUUUACCCAUAGCCCUUUUCCCCUGAGAUAACUGUCCAUUUCACUUCAGUCUGGUUACAUCCUGUUGCCUCCACUGCUAUUGCUUCUACCAGCUGGUGAGGCUGCUCCAUCACCUGAGCAGUACAGAGCUCCAAUCUGGGAUGCUGAGGUUAAUGGAACAUGCUUCCGGUAACUUCAUGACAAACAGGGGCCAUGGUUUAGGCGUCCUUGUUGCCUCCAUCUAUCUGUUAGUGAAAGGGAAUGUAGAAGAAGGUGAGAAACAGUAUUGUGCUCUUCCUAGAGGAAGCCCAGCGUCUCAGCCUUAAUGAGAUUUCCUUAGUGCAGAGGAAGAGCAUCACCUCGGGUUUUUGGGUUUAUCUGUUGUUCUAGAGAUAGCAAUGGCUUCUUUAUUUUUAUGUUCAUCCUAGCAACCAAGACAUUUCCUGAGUCAGAUCCUGCUGCCCUCCUUUCAGUGGGAAGUUCUGUCAGAUGGCUUGUUUCACAACUGGACAUGAAAAAGGGAGGAUAAAAACUCAGUGUUUUUCAGUGAUCUUUAAUUAUGCCUGCAGCCAGCCAUUGCCAGUCAUACAAUAUUGUGAGUUUGCUUUCUCAUAGUUACUCUCUAUGGGAAAGGUUUGCUGUUAAAAUGUGACCGCUGAGCUGUUGGGUCUUUAUUACUCUUCUACAUUGUGUUCUAUGUGACUGUCUUUUGGAUGUCUAUGCUGUGUCUGCCUCAUCAGGAGACAAAUAAUGCUGUCAGUUUGGGGGCAAGGUCCCUGUGUCUUGGUUGUUUUAUAGGACUGCCUCAUCUGGAAGCCCUGCCUGGAAAGAUCAGUUUUCUUCCUUGUAGCUGAACAGAGAGGAAAUAUGCAUUAUUACUAUAAAGAGAUGACCCACAAGAUGUGUUUUGCAGCAUAAACCCAGCCACAAUAUCCUACGGUACCUCUCCUUUCUUUGGUUUCAAUACCAGUUUUAUAAAAUUGUGAUCCAGCCAGGUGUCGAUGGCUCUUGGCUGUAAUCCUAGCUACUCAAGUGGCUGAGCUCUGAAAAUCACAGUUACAAGCCAGC